AUGAGUGCUUCGGUUCCACACUUUGAGAUGUCCUCACUGUAUGUCGGAGGCCUACAUCCCGAAGUGAACGAGGCAAUGCUGUAUGAGAAGUUCCGCACUGCCGGGCGGAUCCUGUCCAUUAGGGUCUGCCGUGAUCUGGUCACUCGCCGCUCCCUGGGCUACGCAUAUGUGAACUUCUUGCUGCACGCGGAUACUGAGAGGGCUCUGAACACUAUGAACUUUGAUAUUAUCAAUGGCAAGCCGCUGCGUAUUAUGUGGUCCCAGCGUGACCCAUCACUUCGAAAGAGCGGAGUGGGCAAUAUAUUCAUCAAAAACCUUGCCAAGUCUAUUGAUAAUAAGUCCCUUUACGAUACAUUUUCUGCCUUUGGAAACAUUCUUUCUUGUAAAGUGGUAUCCGAUGAAAAUGGAUCAAGAGGUUUCGGAUUUGUGCAUUUUGAGAAAUCAGAAGCCGCUAGUAGAGCCAUUGCAAAGAUGAAUGGGAUUGUGCUGAAAGGUAGCCGAGUUUUUGUUGGGCAGUUUAAACCUCGCAAAGAAAGGGAAACUGAACUCAGAGCUAAAGCAAACAUAUUUGCAAAUGUCUACAUCAAGAAUUUUGGAGAUGAUGUAGAUGAUAAAUGUCUUAAAGAGAUUUUUGGUGAAUUUGGUUCUGUAUUAAACAUGAGAGUUAUGACUGAUGAAAGUGGAAAAUCCAAAGGCUUUGGAUUUGUGAGUUUUGAGAAUUUUGAAGAUGCCCAGAAAGCCAUUGAAGGAGUGAAUGGAAAAGUCCUUAAUGGAAAUCAACUUUAUGUUGGUAGAGCACAGAACAAAGCAGAGAGACAAUCUGAAUUAAAACACAAAUUUGAGCAAAUGAAACAGGGUAAACUUACCAGGUGCAAGGGUGCUACCCUUUAUGUGAAAAAUCUUGAAGAUGGUAUUGACAGUAAAUGGCUGAGAAAAGAAUUCUCCCUCUUUGGCACAAUCACGAAUUCCAGGGUCAUGAUGGAGGCAAGCCGCAGCAAAGGCCUUGGCUUUGUUUGUUACACAUCUCAUGAGGAAGCUAAUAAAGCUAUCAGGGCAAUGAAUGGAAAAACUGUGAUCACCAAACCCCUGUACGUGGCUAAUGCACAAAGUAAGGAGGAACGUCAGGCUCGCCUCACCAAGAACUAUAUGAAGAGAAUGGUGGCUCUAAAAGAUAGAGGUUAUCCUACAUUCAACACUGACAAGAUGGUAGCAUCAUCAUCAUCAGGUAACAGCAUGCCAGCAGUUCCUCAGCCUCAACGUGCUGCAGGUGUUCACAGUCCUCUAAAAUUUAAAGUAGGAAGGCCAGCAUCCACCCAAAAGCCUGUCCCUGUUUGUACACAAGGUUAUGAUAUGUUGAAUGUGUCUAUAUUGGCAUCAGCUGCUACUCAGAAGAAGCUCUUGGAUGAAAAGCUGGUUCCUCUGAUUCAGUCCAUUCACCUAACUCCAACUGGAGAAAUCUCUGGCAUACUCUUGGAGAUGGAUGAUGCUGAAAUGCUUUACAUGCUCAAAUAUCCUGAGUUUCUCCGUGCCAAAAUUGAUGAAUUCAUCUGUAUUCUGCAAUCUAGCCAAGCUCAAGAUACUGCCCUGAGAGCUAACAGCACUCCCAGUAUUUGACUGGUAUA